AUGAACAACGAUGAUGAAGAACCCGUGAGACUUGUUCUUCAUGAACUUGGGCAUGAAGCGAUCGGAACCAAUCCAAUCCAUCGGAGUGAGCUUUUCAAUCAUGAUUGGAGUGAUAUCUUUUCAAAGUUUUUCAUCAAGAUGAAAAGAAAUAACAUUAAAAAGAAGGUUCCAUUCUCAUUGAAUUUUGAUCAUGUAGCUUCUAUUCAAGUAUCGGGUGUGGUUGAUGUUCGGAUUUCAUACUCUUGCCAUUGUAUCAUUGCAUUAGAAGCUCCAUAUUUUCAUUGCUUUGAUUUGACCACUCAUCAGAAAUUAUUUUCAUUUUCAUCGGCUGCCACAUACUUUUCCUAUUUUGAUAUUGAAAGAAAUUAUGAUGGAGUUUCAAAUGAUGCCUUGGUGUAUACAAGCGUGUAUGGUAUUUUUAAACAUGAUUUAACGAAAAUAAUGAAAUGCCAAAAUGCCAAUGACAAGAUUUGGAUUAGAGAAGAAUAUAAUGAUUCUGCUUGUGGCAUUGCAUGUUCAAGCCAUGUUGAUCACGUGUCAAAGAAUGUUAUUUUUGUAGCAAUAGAUCCUGAACCUUAUAUUGCUGUGUUAAUGGCAUCCACUGGAGAGUUGUUGUAUAAAAUAGACCAACUCUAUCUGAAACCUAGUGGAUUUUGUGGAAUUGCUGUCAAUGAUACACAAACAGAAUUGUUCAUUGCUCAGGCUUCAGAAUGCAUGCAAAAAAUCAAACGCCAUUCUCAACAGGUUAAUCAAUGGACAUUUCAAUGCUUAUUUGGAAAAGGCUCUGUGAAAAAAGUAUAUGGAUUGACAAUUGACCAUGCAUCACAUCACAUUAUUGUUUGUGAUCGCUCUUCACAUGGAGUUGGAGUUUUCACUGAAGAUGGAGUGUUUGUGAAACGUUUCGGUUCCUUUGGAACAGGUCCAAAUGAGUUUAAAAACCCAACAGGAAUAUGCCUUGAUGAACAAACAGGUUUACUCUACAUUGUAGAUGUUAAUAACGAUAGAAUACAAAUAUUCAAGUAG